CUUCUCUGCCUCCCACUCUCUGUAACUAAUGACCUCGCUUCCACUGUGCACAGAAGACAGGCACCUGCUGCUUCUUAAUGACUCCAGCUUCUCUCUGUAGCGAGUGCUGCAGCCACACUGAGUCACAGCAGCAUCCUGCUUCAGCCUCUGCUGCCAGCUCGUGUGGUGCGCGUCUCCUCAAGGUACGUGGAGCCAUCCCUCCCACCGACUCCGCAGGUGAGAGAAUAGAGGGAGCACCGAAGGACGUCUGACUGAGAAGAAAGGCCACUCCCUACAUCCGGCUGCUGAGCUGCUUGCCGAACCCGGGAAUGACUGAGCGUUUUUGUGGCGGGACUCCCUAACUCCACCGGAGAGGGUCUGAAGCAGUGAAGAGCUACCGCGUUGCCUCUCGUCUUCUCCACCGAGCAAACGGUGCUGUCGUUGCCGUCUGUCUGAUGGCUCGUCUCCCUGCUCCUCCCUGCCCUCGUCCACUUGUUAUUUGAAAGGUUUUUGCCGGAGAACAGGCUAAUGCAGUAGAGCCAUGGCUGAGGAAUUGGGCUCGAGCUCCCCCGAAUCCUCCACCCCUCCUUGUCCGACCCCAUCCGGCACGACAGAGGGGAGUUCCACAGCCAGCCAGGUGGAUGGGAAUGGUGCGCUGGGGCUGAGUGGUCUCAUUGCUACCUGCUGCAUCUGUAUGGAGGUAGAGCGUGUGCGAACUUGCUUAAACUCCGAGAAGAUCUGCAUCGUCCCCAUCUUGGCCUGCCUGGUGAGCCUGUGCCUUUGCAUUGCUGGCCUCAAGUGGGUUUUCGUGGACAAGAUAUUUGAGUACGAACCUCUGACGCACCUUGAUCCCAAGCGCAUAGGCCAGGGUCCUGUCAUCUCUGCUGACCAAGCAACAGUGGCAGAAUGGCCUCCGUCAGCCACCUUCACAACCACCAUUCUGAUAUCCGACUUGGUCCAGACACAGAACGCUACUGAUGACCCUCUGACGCCCACCUCAACGCCCUUUCCCAGCCCUUCCUCUCAUCCCCCAACCUCCACUCCUUCCUUCCUAUCCUCCAUCAUCGUCCAGUCUUUCUCCCCAGAAACUGUGGUCACCAGAAGUCGUGAGGUGACAGAAUCGACAACUGUCUUACUUCCCCAAAUGACCGACACAAACCUUGUUAUUCCACCAGCGUAUACUACCACAUCUCCCACGCCUUGGUCGGGCCACGCAAGGCCAUGCAACGAAAGCAAUCGCCACUACUGUGUGAAUGGGGGACAGUGUUUCGUUAUCGAUGGUAUUAAUAAGCUCUCCUGCAAGUGUCCAAAUGAGUUUACUGGUGAUCGCUGUCAAAACUACGUAAUGGCCAGUUUCUACAAGCAUCUUGGAAUUGAAUUUAUGGAGGCUGAGGAGCUGUACCAAAAGCGAGUACUGACGAUCACAGGAAUCUGUAUUGCUGUCCUGGUGGUCGGCAUCAUGUGUGUGGUGGCGUACUGCAAAACAAAAAAACAGAGGAAAAAGUUGCACGAUCGGCUAAGACAGAGUCUCCGCUCUGAGAGAAACAACAUGGUAAACCUUGUAAAUGGACCUCAUCACGCAAACCCCCCAGCGGAAAAUGUGCAGUUGGCAAAUCAAUAUAUAUUGAAAAACCCUGGAUCUACUGAACACGUCAUUGAGCGGGAAACGGAGACCUCGUUCUCAACAAGUCACUACACAUCGACAGCCCAUCACUCUACCACGGUCACUCACACACCCAGCCAUAGUUGGAGUACGGGUCAGACGGAAAGCAUCACGUCCAACAGUCAUUCCGUGCUUGUGACGUCGUCGGUGGAAACCAGCAGGCAGACAAGCCCAGCCAAACACAGAGGUCGCCUCAAUGGGGUGGCCAGUCGGCGGGAGAUGUUUAUCUGCGUGAGGAAUUCCAGGGAUACUCCGGACUCUCUCCGAGAUUCACCGCACAGUGAAAGGUUUGUCUCCGCCAUGACCACCCCGGCCAGGAUGUCGCCCAUAGAUUUCCGAACUCCCACAUCUCCACAGUCGCCGGGAUCGGAGCUGUCGCCGCCGGCCUCCAGCCUGACGAUAUCCAUGCCCUCGGUGCCCAUCAGCCCCUCGAUCGAGGAGGAGAGGCCCCUGCUCCUGGUGACGCCGCCCCGGCAGCGCGACAAGAGGCAGGGCGCCUACCGGCAGUACCGCGGCGGGGCCAGGGACAACACCAGCCUGUCCGCCAGCCCCCACAGGGCAGCAGAGGAUGAGGAGUACGAGACCACGCAGGAGUACGAGCUGGCGCUCGAGCCACCCAAGAAAGGGGCCAGCGGCAGGAGGGGGAAAAGAACAAAGCUUAAUGGCCAAAUAUCUCACAAAACGGAAAACGGGAGCAAUCCUAACUUGGACCGCAAUAGCUCUGACAGCGAAACUGAAGAUGAGAGGAUAGGUGAAGAGACGCCAUUUCUGACCAUACAGAGCCCCGUGGAGAUCAGUGGAGAAUCAGCCCCUGCAUACCGAUUGGCUGAGAACAGGACUAACUCUACCAAUAGGUACGCGGCCCAAGAAGAGUUGCAAGUCAGGCUGACCAAUGUAAUGGCUAAUCAGGACCCAAUUGCUGUCUAAAACCACAUUGAUGCACCAGUAAAACUUUAUUUUAUAUAAUGAAGUACUCAAGAUACUUUACUUUAAAUUAAAACAUUUUAUUUUAUUUUAGCAGAAGAACCUUGCAGCUGGUAGAAAGUCUACAAGUUUUUAUAGAUUAAAAUAUAUAUAUGUAAAAAAAAAAGUUAGCAUUCACAAUACUAAUGUGCCAUAUGUAGCGUUUUUACAGUAUUUCAACACAGAAAGAUAUCAAUGGUGCCUUUAUGUUACUUUAUGCUGAGAACAAUAAUGCAUCAGUUUCAAGCGACUUCUCCAAAUCUUUGUGAAGAUGAGGGAUUUAAUUCGAGAUGUCCAAUGUAUUAUUUCUGGGCAAUGGAGCUUGGGGUGUCCACGGCCUUCAAAGUGAGAUAUAACAAAUUGAUUGUUAGCAAAGGCAAAAAGAAAACAAAAAUUUAAAAAAACACACACAGGAGGGAGUGAAGGAGAAGUUUGACUUGAGUUUUGAUCUGCAUGUUCAGUAGUAUUUCACAGCUGUGAUUUCUGAAGGGACCUAACAGUUUAUAAAAUGGAACAAACUUUCCUACAAAGGGGAAGCUGAUCCAGAGACCUAGAGGGGAAAGCCAGAAUCUUUGAGCACUCCCGCUGGGGAUUUUUCACAUGAGGAAAUCUGUUGCAAGCAACUCACCACUUUGCAUCCAGCUGUCUUUGAAGGUAAAGAUUUUGCAAAAAGCAGAGAUUUUAUUUGUGUGCGGAGGCUGGGGGGGGGGGGGGGGGGGGGGAAUAACCGUGAUUCAUGGUUAGACAAAAUUAGCUCCACAAAGCUACUUACUUUGCCUGAGAGCAGGCAGUUUACUCGCCAUUUUUUCCUGGUCCACACAGCGUUCUGCAAAGCAGCCUUUUUGAGAAAUCACCACAGUAUUUCCCUCCCCACCUUACAAUCAGACACCUGUAUCUCUCUCAGCAGAAUCGGUAUGCUUCACUUAGAGGAGUCUGGGAUUGACUCUGAGGUGCACAGUAAUUGGAGUUGCUUUUUUUGAUGGCAAAAAACUAUCAGGAGUGAGUCAUCCAGAGUGAACAGUGUCUUCUAUUCCACCAUUUGAUAAUCACAAGGACAAGGAUUCUGGCUACUGGCUGGUAUUCUGCAAGUUACUGAUUCUGUUGUUCCCCAUUGUAGAAUUCUGUGAUGCUACCUGAUCAUUUAGAACCAUGUGUUAUUCAUUCUUCUUGUCAUCAUCUGAGAACCAUCAGCUGUAACAAAAACAGACCUCUGCGUCACUCAGUUUUUCCCUCCCAUGAACUGACACAGCGGCACAGCGUUAAUCCUUUGACGUAACACCGAUUGGCACAGCAGAUGAUUACUCGUAGAAGUUCAAAAUACAAACAUUGAACCUGCAUCUAGCAAAAGGACAAAGUUUCUGAUAUCUUCCUGUGUUUGUGAAACAGACGCAUUUAAAACCUCUUUCAAAUAAACUUUUUUUUCUGUUUAACUGUGUACUUCAUUAUCACUCCGGUCAAUGUAGCUGCAAUGGUUUCAGUUUCUUCUUUGCAAUAAAGAAAGCCGGAUGCCUCCUGAAUUUUCAAUCCAUAACUCUCUGAUUUUUAAGGCUUUGCAAACUUAACUAUUUAAAAGUCCAGUGAAAGCCCAGAAGGGUGUUGUGUUGUCAAACCAGUUCUUUGAACUCGUUGAAGUUCUGAAUUAUUCAAAACGGCAAUAGAAUGUUUAUAAUCAGCAUGGGUUCAUUCUUUCAUUAAGACAGCGAUGUGCCAGAAACAUCAAGUGUGUCAUCUACUUGUCGGCUCACGUUUUCAUUUCCGAUAUUGUUGCGUCUUUUUUGAUUCACCGAGUGCAUGCUAAUUAUACAGAAGCAGGGUUGUGUGAUGUUAACCCACUUGUGAUGUCAGUGGCAUGUCUGUGGCUUUGUAAUGAAAAAAGGGGUAGUACUAUUUGACAGCUAUUCAAAGCAUCUGGCUAAACGAGACAUGUCGCACAUUCCUUAUUACAGUUUCAAAAUAAAUUGUUAAUGCAUCCAAGAUGAUGCACCUUUCGAAAUUUGCAAAGAUGAAAUAUUUGGUGCAUUUUCCCCUAAGCAGUGGGAUAGGAGCUCUCUGUUUGAUAAUCAGAAAGUGGCUUAGCUUUGGGCAUUCAAUAAGUUAACUUCCCAAUUUGUUCCAAAGUUCAAACCAGACAAACUCAGAUGCCCAGCAAUUGCAGUCAAUCAGCACCCACAUCAUCUGACAAGUAACUCUCUUCAGUGAAAAGUAAAUGGCUUAAUUUUGUUUAACACCAAACCCAUCCUUCACCUUGGUCAAAAUGAGCUUUACUCAAGAUCCUUGACAAGCUGGGGUUUCCAGUGUGACACACAAAAUGAAGACAGUCGGGGUAUACUCAAGCGUUUUUUUUCCCUUUAGUUUGGGCUUGGAGAAGUUGUGUUGUAAAAAUUAGAUGGGAAUUUGUUGAGGUGCUUUAAAGUAAAUGUGCCUGCUCCUUUCAACCUGCAAUCUUCAAAGCACCAUUGAGAUAUAAGCGAUCAUGCUAAUGUUAACUCUUAGGGCAUACAACACGCAUGCUGUACAUCCUAAUCUGCCAAGUGCACAAGCAUGUGAUGCCACAAUUGUCCUUUCUAAAUGUGCAUGAGAUGUAAACAAAGUAUAUACAUUUUUUGGUUGAAUCAAAUGCCAUUUACACCUUUUGACUGUGCCCCCACAGUUUUCAACAGUAUUCUGACACUUUUUCACAAGUCAUUAAACACAUUAUUCAUAUUAUCAGCUGGUAUUAUUUAGAGGCGCAUGCUUCCCACGUAGUUAUAUGUUCAGAUAGGACACCGGGAGGUGGAACAUUGUUGAAACGUUGGCUAGACUGCUUUAAACAGGUGACAUUUAAAGAAAGGCAUUGUUUGAACACGUCAGACAAAAGGCUCCUUUGCAAAAAUCACUCAAACUGUCUCGGAACUAAAAAUAGAAAAAUAAAAAGUAAAAGAUGGGACGAGAGGAGAGAUGGGGGAGAAAGAGAAAUGGACGAAGAUCAAACUGAAAGGAACACAUUCUGAAGCUGGUUGAUGUCUUAUUGACUGGUCAUUUCCUUACGAAAGCUAAGCCCAUUACGAUUAGAGAGUAAGAUGAGGCUUCGUAUUUGGACCUGAGGAUGCUUGAUGCUUGCAACUAUUUGUCUGUAAUUUAUGGUACUCCCCUAUUUUUUAUUUCAAUUGUUUUAUUUCUGUAUGUAUGCAAGGGGGGGAGAGAGAGGUAAUUCUAUAUAUGGAUUUUCCUUUAGUAGUGGCAGUCUUUAUUUGUCCUGUACCUGUUAUAAAUAAUGAGCGUUCCUGUGAAAAGUCUCCAAUGUCACUCUGUGAAUAUCAUUGCAGUAGAUUUAUUAUUUAUAUCACAACUUUCUGGCAUUCAAUGAAUUUUGUUUCUUUUUUUGUAAAUUAACCUCUAAAAAAAUAUAUAUGUUCUAUGUUUCGCGUUUUUUUCUAGAUUUUUUUUGUUUUUAAAAAAAAAUUAAAAACAUAUUAAAAAAAAGGUAAUUUAUUGUCAAGUAUAAACGCUAUCUAUAUCUUUCUUGUGAAGAAAAUAUAAUCCGCAUCUAAUUGUUAGAUGCUGCAAAUCCAGUAUGUGCAAAUUGCAAAACAUCAUGAUGCAUUUUUACUUUUGAUUUUAAUAUGGCUUUCCAAGGCAAACCCCUGCGAGCUUACUUCAACUGAAAGCUAUACUUGCAACUGGGGGAGCAGUAAUGGGAAUGUACUUAACAAAAAUUCAAAUAUUCCAUAUGAUUUUCAUUUGUGAAAUUACAUUUUUUUAAGAAGAAAAAACAUUAAACCAUUUCAUAUUAGA